AGACACUAGCGCGCUGAUUUGCAUUCACUGUUGCAAACACCUUCAAAUGUCCUUAUUGGUCAAUCACGAUAAGAGCCAUGUAUCGCUGUUUGCGCUCUCAUUUAGUACAGUGAAUGAGGUAAUUAGCGCGGGAACGUCUUUAUAAAUACCCCCCUUAGACUGGUCGCAGAGAACCUAUACCUCGACCCGACCACUACAACAUUCGCGUCAAAAACCUAUUGAAACCACAAUGAUUUAUCACCAGAGACACUCACUGUGGAAGCGACUUCGCGAAGUGACUCGCGAUCGUUCCCAAGAAGGUCACCCCCAGGCGUUCACCCUCAUGUUCUGCCCAUUCCCAGAAGACAAAGCGCGGACUCGACCAGACGAGUACGUGUACAGCCUCACCAAAUUCGGACCUUCCAACGAUGCUGUACUCCACACUAUAUUUCGUGCAAUUGGAUAACUCAAUGAGACCAAUAUGUACGUCGCGGCUCAUAGUCUUCGCGUUACCAAUAUGACGUCCUCUCGCCUCUGGCCACCGCACGACAAAAACCCGACAGUCAAAUUAUACGCGUUCAAGCAGAGCACCCACGAAGUUCCGCAUACCUUUCCAGUCCGCCUGCUUCCGGGUACAAAGAUACUUGCUGUAGGCCACAUUCAAGUCCGGGUUCCUGGACUUGGAUGGCGGAUGCUGGAAGAGUGGCUCAUUGACUGGGCCAUGGCAGAAUACGAACGCGGAACGUGCGAUAUGACGUAUGACGAACGUCGGGCUUUUUACAAGCAUCCGGUUGCCGGACUCAAAGCACAGGGAAAAUGGUGGGCCAAGAACAGGAAGCACUUUCCUGUAAUGACACUCCCGGCCGAGAUCCGUUCAAUCGUUUGGAGGCAUGCGCUGGGCUCAAAUAUAUCACCCUUCAAAACAAGCGAUCGACACGGUAAUUCUCAGCUGUCCAUCAUGGAUACAUGGAAAGAUGAUAUCGAAAGCUUCGACGAUUUUCAGAGAAAGCUGGCCCGCGGUUCAAUCAAUCACAAUCUUCUACUCGUCUCCAAAGCGGUCAACAAAGAGGCCUUUUUGGCGGCGCGGAUGGCAACCAAGCACUUCACGGAUUGCCACGUCUUGGGUGAUUUGAUCCGAAAUUUGGCGCCACAGCAGAUGAACUGGCUCGGCAAGAUCCAUCUGGAUAUGGACUUGACAGUUUUCUUCGAUUUCUUCGGGGUCACUGUUGAGCCUUUUCUCCAGUUCACCACUGUCCAUGAUGGUAUUUCCGGAUCUGCUGUGCUCAAGCGCCUUCCUGCGCUAAGAGUAUUGGAGUUGAAUGUCCAAUCCCCGUGGGUGGUCUUCUCACGAGAUCGGAGACGGGAACCAUCUAGAUUCGCGGAAAGAAACCCGUGGCGGAAGUUUAGGAGCGAGAGCGGGAUGACUUACGAUGAAGUCGACGUGGAGCCAUGUUUCAAGGUCGUCGUGGACUGGAUGUUACUGGCAGCAUUCCCAUUCAUCCAACAAAUCCCCAAGAUCGUACUACUUGGAGCGGUCAAGACUUGCCUACGAGAGAAAUGGCGUGCCAUUCUAGCACAAGCCAAGCGAGAGAAGCAUCUGGAUGAAGCCGACCGCAGCUUCAGCUACGAAAUGGAAGUCCAGAGGUUGAUGUUGAAUCCGCCGAGCAUCCUCAAUGUGCCUGAAUGUCACUGCCCGGCUUCGUGCAAGGACAGCUUACGACCAAGGGAUCUUCUGGAAUUUGACAGCGAUGAUGCGUACGUCAAGGAUGAGGUGCAUUAACCCCCAUUCCGAACGUUAUUGUCGUGGUUUGAUUGAUUAACAACACCUUGGUUUGCGGCGUGAAGAGUGGCUAAAGGUUUGGUUUGAGGCGUGCUUCUCAACGUAAAGCGAAAAGUACAUCUCAAUAAUUAGAAAACUUGAAAAGUUCGUGUCAAUAGUAGAGCUUAGUGCC